AUAUCCCAGGGCCGUGGCGAAAAAGGGCCGUGUGUUACUUAGACGGGGGGACUCAGCGCCGGCCUUCCGGCGCCUGGGUGGGGUUCUGUCUGCGGAGUCGUGGAAUCAGUGGCUCGGGAGAAUGGUGAAUGUAUGAGGAUCAGGGAGAGAACCGAGGAGACUCUAGCGCAGGUUUCUGGGGGCAGGUAACGGAGCUGCGUCUUGUUUCUCUCGGUUGAUUUGGAAUCUUCUGCUCUUCAGUCCCCGCAGGGAAACCAUGCCGAAACCCCGGAAGAGGCUCGCCGGGGCUGCUGGGCCUGAUGGGCCAGACAAUAAGGGGCCAGCAGGAAAACGUACCAAGACUAAGAACCCAGUAGGGGCAUCAGCUACAAUGGGUAACUCCAGCCCUGAGAAGACUUCAGCCUCUAAAAACUGUGGGAAGAAUCUAAGCAGUUACUGGCUGAUGAAGUCCGAGCCAGAAAGCCGACUAGAAAAAGGUGUAGAUGUGAAGUUUAGCAUUGAGGAUCUUCAAGCACAGCCCAAGCAGACAGCAUGCUGGGAUGGUGUUCGCAACUACCAGGCCCGGAACUUCCUUCGAGCCAUGCAGUUGGAGCAAGAAGCGUUCUUCUACCAUAGCAACUGCAAAGAGCCAGGCAUCGCAGGACUUGUGAAGAUUGUGAAGGAGGCUUAUCCAGACCACACACAGUUUGAGAAAAACAGUCCCCAUUAUGACCCAUCCAGCAAAGAAGACAACCCCAAAUGGUCCAUGGUGGAUGUACAGUUUGUUCGGAUGAUGAAGCGUUACAUUACCCUGGCUGAGCUCAAAACCCAUUACCAAGCUCACAAAACCACUGGAGGCCCCUUAAAAAAUAUGGCUCUCUUCACUCGCCAGAGACUCUCAAUUCAGCCCCUGACUCCAGAGGAGUUUGAUUUUAUUUUGAGCCUGGAAGAAAAGGAGCCAAGUUAACUGGGACACUGUUGCUGGAAUGGGCAAGCCAUUACUCAAGUCAAGCUUUUAUAAGACACAAGAAGGUGUGCGGCAGCUUGCAUGUUAUGUUCACCUGGGGUUGUGUACAUCGGUGGUUUUCAUGUACCUUUUCCAAUAAAACAUUAAUAUCAAAGUUG